AUGCCUAUCUUACUUUACGCCCACCUCUGUUUGGUCUUCUUGGCACUCGCUGUCACCGCCGGGCCUCAGGAUGCCUACACCAUCUUUACGACAGUUUUGGUGACAGCGACGAAAACGAUUGGAGACUCUAACGCGACGCCUGCCCCUUCAGCCCAUGCAGCUGCUCCGUACCAGCUCCUACGCCCUCACCUUGACACACCAUGGACUGACAAGGUUGGCACAAGCCCCUGGCCGCAGUAUCCACGUCCUCAACUCCGUCGCGAGCCAUGGCGGUCGCUGAACGGAAUAUGGACCUACCAGUCAGCUCAAGGAGCUGGGGAUGUCAAGAGUCCGCCUCGAUUGCCCCUUCGCCAAGAGGUUUUGAUCCCCUCUUGCAUCGAAAGUGGCAUCUCCGGGAUCAUGACCGAGGGCGUGACGCACAUGUGGUUUGGCACGACCUUUACGAUCCCUCUCGAGUGGAGAGGUGGGAAACGUGUUUUGUUGAAUUUCGAAGCAGUGGACUACGAAGCAACGGUGUUUAUCAAUGGCGUCCAGCUCGCGUUUCAUCGUGGUGGAUAUUUUCGGUUCAGCUUGGAUGUCACUGAGAAUAUCAACUUUGACGGACCAAACGAGCUGCAAGUCGGACAAUCACGCAAGGUGUUUGUCUUCGAUCCAACAGACGAUCAAAGCAUCCCACAAGGGAAGCAGACCAAACGUCUCUCGCACAUUUUCUACACGCCCUGCAGCGGUAUUUGGCAGACAGUAUGGCUUGAGAGCGCUUCCAACAAUCAUAUCAAGUCAUUGGACCUGACGGCCAACAUGAACGGCGACGGCAAGUCCGACGGUUGA